GCAGGAAAGUGGCUAACAAACAGGAGGGUGUCGUUAUGUUCACAGUUUGGUGAAACUGUGCGAAAUAUCGACGCAUGAGUCACGCUGCAACAGGCGAGCAGUUGCCGCUGCUGCCGACAGCAAGCUUGUCCGAUCCUGUCCGUUCGCUAUUAACGGAUCGGACUGAUCGGACUAACCAUAAGCUUCUACAGUUGGUGCCUAUCUGUGUGUGAAAGCGUGGUAGGUGGAUCUUUCGACGACCAGAACAACGCUGCUUGGCAACAUGACGGCAGAAAAAGGAGAGGCGGUCGAGGGACUCGCGUCGGACGACACCGCCGCUAGCGGCAACGCGUCCUCCUACCCGGACCAAAUCGUAGCCCGGCUAAAGAACCGAGGCCUGGACUUCGAGCGAGCCUGCGAAUACGACGACGAGAAGAGCGACGCCGCGGCGUGCUGCUGGCUUCGUCACGACCUGGACCGAUGGAGCAGGAUCUUGCACCCUGUGAGUCUCGAACUGGAAGAGACCAAACCGGGAGCGCUUGCGAUCCUCUCGACCCGGACGAGGAGGCGCGAGUACAGUGAUGAGGACGAGCUAUACGACGCUGCGUACGUCUUCUGCUGGCUUCCGAAGGCGCACCGGUGCAUCCAGCGCGUCAACCUGGAAACGUUCGAAGGCCAAGGGAAUAUGGUGCUCUUCUAUCGACCGGCAUUCACGCUGGCGCUCGCGCUAGGACGGAGCGUCAACCUCCAGCAGCUCGAGCUUGUAGGAAGCCGCGAAACGCCCUUUUGCGAAGAAGAGCUCGCGGAGGGACUGGACGCCCUCGAACGUCUUAUGAGCUUCAAGUUCGCCUCCUUGCCCAUCAAGGCGUCCAUGUCACGAUGCAUGGCGAACCUGCUGAGACGAAACGCGAGUCACAUCACGUCGGUUACGCUAUCCGACAACCGCAUGUCGCAGAACACCGCGAACCGCCUGUUGAGAGCGCUUCAAGGCUGUCGCGCUCUUCGCGAGUUGUCAAUCGUUGAGAACAACCUCACGAAAGGGAACACGGACUCUGUAGCGAGGCUGUUGAGGUUCUCCUGUUCCUUGACCAAGCUCACGCUCGACCGCUGCCUGGGCAACAACGCCAGCCUUUAUGCGUUCACGGAGGCCCUCAAGACCAGCAUGAUCCCUCUGGAACUGCACAUCAACCAAUGCGAGACGCGCUUCGAGUGUCUCUUCGAGGCGCUAGCUAACAACAGGGUCGCGCUGAAGCACUUGGACCUGAACGGUUGCAACAUCUUCGGCACCAACGCGGAGGCGCUCGGCGCUGCGCUGAGGCGCAACGUGCAUUUGAAGAAGUUGGAAUUAAACGGUGCUCACGUCGACGACGACGCCGUAGGAACGCUCGCUCACGGCCUGGAAACGAACCGCGUUCUCGAAAUGCUGGACCUGAGGAACAACGCGGUGUCUGCGAGCGCCAUCAACACGUUCUGCAGAAUGCUGCGCAAGAACGAGACGCUGAAGAGUGUGAUGUUCUCGGAAGUCCAAGGCUCCGAGCAAGAGAGAUUGACCCUGUCCUUUCAAAUGGCCCAAGACAAAGGCUACAGCCGCAUCCAGAUGCCCUGGGCCGAGCCAGACCUACCCCCACUGUCAGCAGCCCUGGCACUUGCCUCAGAGUCGCCGACAGAACUCCACCUCAGCGAUGUUAAUGAGCUCACUGAAGCCAGCAUCUGUGCACUGCUCGAAAAUCUCGCCACAAACUGCCACGUGAAAACCGUAAAAGUCGGGACGACGGCAGACCGCCAACAACUCGCCGCCGCCUUGUGCUCCGCACUCGUCUCGAAUCGAACGGUCCAAAAUCUCGACGUCGGCCUAAUCAUCGACGCUUCCGACGAAGGGCUGUUCGGCAAGGUCGCCAAGGCGCUUGCUACGAACUGCACCGUGACUCAGGUAUGUUUCAGAAGCGCCGAGGUAAGCUUACAAUCGCUCAAGUCCAUCGCCUACAUGCUGUCCAAGAACACGGCAGUCACUAGGCUGGAGCUGGAACUCUCUCAGCCAAUGCCCACCAAGCGCCUUGCCUAUGUUUCGCGCGGCCUGUUGAAGAACCACUCCGUCGUGGACUUUACGCUGACCUCCCCGCCGCAUCCAAACCACGUCUCUUUCCGCGUCUUCAGCACGCUCCGACGAAACGUCAGUCUCCUGAACCUGGCGGUGAGCUUGCUCACGUGCCGGAGGCUGGACAGGCAAGUCGCCGAGACGUUUGAGCUUCUGAGCGACAAUGCGUCGUUCGUUCCGUACGUGAUGAAGGUGACCGAGAAGACCGAGGAGAGGGCAAGGUGGGCCGUAAAGUCGGCCAAGGUUUACAUUCAGGCGCACUACUUCGAACUGACUGGUGUCGUAAAGAACAAGAUUGAGUGCCACCCCGGCACGGGCACCCAGAUUGACAGUCUUCACAGUGACUGCCUGUGCGCUAUUACUCAGUAUCUGAAGCUGUCGGACGUCGUUUCUGCAGUCGGUGGCAGCCCUAUUAGACGCCGUAAUAGGCACGUUUAAUUUUCUGGUG